AUGACUACUUCGCUUCCCAUUCCCGAGUCGUGUUCUAUAACAUUCAAAGGUCACUCAGCGCCGGUAAAUUAUGUCACUUUCAACUCGUCAGGAGAAUAUGCGCUAUCAGGAAGUCAUGAUAGAACAAUUAAAUUAUGGAAUCCAGAAGCCGGAAUUUGUAUCAAGACUUAUGAAGGACACGGAAAAGAAGUACUUGGAAUAUGCGUUGCCCAUGAUAAUUCAAGAUUUGCUUCGUGUGGAAGCGACAAACAAGUGUUUUUAUGGGAUGUCGGCACUGGAAGAACAAUAAGAAGAUUCGAUGGACAUGGUCAGCGUAUUAAUGCUGUUGCAUUCAAUACAGAAGGAACUGUUCUCGUGAGUGGAUCGUAUGAUACAACGAUCAAACAAUCGUUUUCCGAUUCAAAUCCUGGAGGAAGCAAAGGAUGGUGUGAUGUCAUUACAAGUAUCACAGUACGAGAUACUGACUGGGUAACACAUAUGGAUAACGGGAAUAUAAGAGUAUAUGAUCUUCGAAUGGGCUCGCUGACUAUCGAUAUGAUAUCACAUCCGAUAACGUCAGUUCGCUUUUCUGGGGAUGGUAAUUGCAUUCUAGUCAGUUCGCUGGAUGGCGUAAUACGUCUAAUGGAUAAAGAUAACGGCAGCCUAUUGAAUUCGUUUCGCGGUCAUCAGAAUACAACAUACAAAAUUACUUCAUGUUUAUCGACUGACGAUUCACAAGUCAUAAGCGGCAGUGAAGAUGGAUAUAUAUACUACUGGGACUUGGUUGAAGCGACGUUGUUGACUAAGGUCAAGGCCCACGAUAAAAUAGUGACAAGUGUCGCAUAUCAUCCUAGAAAACCACUAGUGAUAAGUACGAGCGUCGAUGGAACGGCCAAAGCAUGGAAGCCGACAAGUACCGCGUAA